AUGGCGGCAUCUACGUACAAUGGCUACAUUAGGGAGUUUAACCCUAAAGAGUGUAACUGGACCAUUUACAAAGAGAGGCUGUUUCAGUUUUUCAUUGUAAACAAUGUGGACAAACAAGAGAUAAAAAGGGCGUUAUUGUUAAACGCCUGCAACGAAGAGAGUUAUCAGUUAAUAAGUAAUCUGUGUGUGCCAAAUUCUCCCGAUGCAACGGACUUCAAGGCUUUAAUUGAAUUGUGUGAUAAACAUUUCGCACCACAAAAAGCGUUGUUUCCAGAACGUUUUAAGUUUUAUCACGCAAAUCGAAACGUGGACGAAACCAUCAUGGACUGGGCGGCUAGGGUAAAAAACUUAGCGUCCAAAUGUAAAUUUGGAUCUGAAUUAAGUGUUGCGAUGCGUGAUAAGUUUAUAGUUGGCAUGGAGGAUAAAGCAAUUUUGAAUCGUCUAUUUGAGGAAGACGUGAGUACAUUAACGUUAGAUAAAGCAAUUGAUAUCGCGUUAAGUAAGGAAGCAGUAUUAAAGAACUAUGAGGCAAGUGCUAAUACGGUAAUUAAACAAGAACCCAUGGAGGUGUACAAAACUUCUCAGCAAUGGGCGACCGACAAGCGUAAGGGGAGCAGUAGCAGCAGCAGUAACCAGAGAGCAGAGGCUGGAUCUGCAGGAGCAUCCCGUGCGGCGUCCAGAAGAGGAGGGCGCAGCAGCGGUCCACAAGGGAAAGUUGGUCAGGACGCUCAAUGUGCUGUAUGUGGUAAAAAUCACGGUCAAAGUAAGUGUCGUUAUCGUUAUUAUACCUGUAACAAAUGUGGGGUGAAAGGUCAUUUAAUGGCCAUGUGCAAUUCUACGAAAUCGCGCAAACAAUUCUUUAUUGAGGACGAUUUGAAUGACGAUUGUAUUUAUAGUAUUAAAGGGGAAAAUAAUCCUAUUUUUGUCAGCGUAAAAAUUGCAAAUUUGUCCUUCACUUUCGAAAUUGAUACCGGUGCUAGCGUAUCAGUUAUUUCUUUUGAUUAUAUGCGCAAAUAUUUUCAUAGUUAUAGGUUAAUUAAGUGCAAUAACGUUUUUAAGAAUUAUACGGGAGGAAAAAUGAUUCCUUUAGGUUAUAUUGUUGUACCAAUUGAAUAUAAGGGUGUAAUGAAGGAUGUUAAAUUGUUCGUCUUAAGGGACGGAGGGCCUCCUUUAUUAGGCAGGGAUUUUUUCUAUAAGUAUGAAUUGUGUAUAAACAGCAUAAGAAUGGAAGGUUUAGAAAUGGAAAUUUUUAGGGAAUGUGAGAAGGUGUUUGCAAACACAUUAGGUAAAUUUACUAAAGGCAAAAUAAAAUUGAAUUUAAAAGAGGCUGCCAUUCCAAAAUUUCAGAAGGCUAGAGUUUUACCUUUCGCAAUGCGGGAAAAAGUAGAAAAAGAAAUUGCGAGGUUAGUCGAUAUAGGAGUUUUGGUUAAAGUAGAUUACAGCGAAUGGGGAACGCCCGUAGUUCCAAUUUUGAAAAAAGACGGAUCCAUUAGACUUUGUGGUGACUAUAAAGUCACUCUCAACCCAUCUUUGCAAGAGGAACCUUAUCCUAUACCACGAGUAGAAAAACUGUUUGCUAAGUUGUGUAAUGGUAAACAAUUUUCAAAAAUUGAUCUUUCGCAGGCCUACUCUCAAAUCGAGUUAGAUUCAGAAUCUCAAAUGUUGACAACCAUUAGUACCCAUAAGGGAUUAUUUAAAUAUACAAGGUUGCCAUUUGGAGUCAGUUCCGCUCCCAAAAAGUUUCAAAAAAUUAUGGAGAGAGUUUUGCAAGGUACAGAUGGGGUAGUAUGUUUUUAUGAUGAUGUACUAGUCACUGGGUCUACAAAAGAGGAACAUGUUCGGAGAUUAAAAGAUACUUUAAAGCGUUUAGGAGAUUGCGGUUUAACCGUACGAAAAGACAAAUGUAGUUUUUUUCAGGAGAGUAUUGAAUAUUUAGGAUAUCGUAUAGAUAAACACGGGUUGCAUACGUGUCCUAAAAAUAUUAAAGCUAUUCAGGAAGCGCCACGUCCUAUAAAUGUGACGCAAUUACAGGGUUUUCUCGGGAUGAUAAACUAUUAUAAUAAAUUUAUACCGAGUGCGGCAACGGUAUUAAGACCGUUAUACGAUCUAUUAAAAAAGGGGGUCAUUUUUCAGUGGAAUGCCGCAUGUGAAGAUGCAUUUAAAAGGGUUAAAGACAUUUUAACUUCUGCGGAGGUACUGAUACAUUUUGAUUCAAGCUUACCCAUCAGGUUAACGGUGGAUGCCUCUCAAUAUGGAGUGGGAGCCCAUAUGCUUCCCAAACUUUAUCAGAACAUCAAAUUCGAUAUUCGCAAAUGGAAAAGGAAGCAUACGCUAUAA